AGAGAUGGCGUCCAGUGAACAGGCAGACUACCUGCUGUGUGCUGCCAUAGACUUGGGCACGACGUACUCUGGAUAUACCUUCUCAAGCAGGCACGAUUUUACAAGAGAUCCGACAAAAUCUGCAAUCAAACAAUGGAUUGAUCCAAUCACAACAAUGACUUCCCAAAAAACAUCAACCUGCAUCUUGUUUACAAAUGAAAAACAAUUUGCAAAAUUUGGCUUUGAGGCAGAAGAAAAAUAUAUGGAGCUUACACUAGAUAAAGAGCAACGUGACUGGUAUUUUUUCAGGAGAUUCAAAAUGUCCUUAUAUACUAUACGGUCCAGUCAUGACAAGGUGUUAGUUGAAGAUGUAGAUGGAAAGACACUCCCAGCCUUGCUCGUAUUUUCGGAGUCCAUACGAUAUCUCAAGGAUUCACUUUUAGACGAAUGUAAGAAGUAAAACUCGGAUAUACAGCUAAAUGACAUUAGAUGGGUUAUUACAGUGCCAGCUAUCUGGUCCGAUCCGGCAAAAACAUUCAUGAGAACAGCUGCUGAAAAGGCAGGAAUAUCUUCUGAAUAGUUGACAAUAGCCCUAGAGCCAGAAGCUGCAGCCAUCUUUGUGAAGUACCUACCAGUCGAAAAAAAGGUCGAUGGAGAGCUUGGAGAAGCCUUCAAAACAUUCUCAAAGGGGUCUAAAUACAUAGUAGUUGAUGUCGGUGGUGGAACCAUUGAUAUAACAGCACACGAGGUUUUGGAAAAUGGAAAAGUGAAAGAAAUUCUCAAGGCAUCCGGUGGAGACUCGGGAGGCACAAAAGUCGAUAAAAAUUACAUUGACUUUGUGGAAAGCAUUGUAGGUGAAAAUGUAAUGAGGAAAAUUAAGAGAGAAAAACGAAGUCUGUUGUAUGAAAUAUCUCGAGAAUUUGAAAUUGCAAAGCGUUCAAUAAAUCCUGGAUCCACCUCCAAAGUCAAUAUUAGAGUUCCAUCUGAAUUAUCAGAUAUAUACGAGUCGGUAUAUCCAGGAAAAUCAUUGAGAAAGAUUACCACUGUGGAACUACCACAAGGGAAGUCAAUAAAAGUUUCCUUCAUUGGGGAUAAAUUACGAUUGGAAUCUGACACAGCUGAAAGCUUUUUCGUUUCAUCAAUUUCUCAAAUUCUUGACCACAUGUCUUCCCUUCUUACAACAGAAGAUGGCAGAGGCAUAAGCACGAUUUUGUUAGUUGGUGGUUAUGCAGAGUCAGCUAUGCUGGGUCACGCUAUCCGAGAAAAGUUUUCAGAGAAACGAAUUAUUAUUCCACAAGAAGCUGCCUGGUCCGUGCUAAGAGGCGCUGUUAUUUUUGGCCACGACUCAAGUCUCAUCAAAGAAAGAAUAAGCAAGUAUACCUAUGGUAUUGCAUCUAAGGACAAAUUUAAUCCAGAAAUUCAUGAUAAGAAAUACAAAAAAGAAGAAAAUGGAGAAAUUUGGUGCUACGAUUUGUUUAGUAAACACGUGACAAUAGAUGAAACAAUAACUGUAGGAGAGUAUCAAAGUGACAAAGGUUACACUACUUAUGGUGGAAACUUCUAUGUUGAAAUAUUCACGUCCACCAAAACUAAUCCUAAGUAUGUUGAUGAGGAUGGAUGUUCCUCAGUUGGAAAGAUCUCUUUCGAUGACAAGGAACACGACGGAGAUAUAAGAGUUCAGAUGAUGUUCAGUGACACAGAGAUAGAGGUCAAUGUUAUUCUUGAGAGUACUCAAAAGAACAAGAAACUUUAUUUGAAGCAAUAAUGUGCCU